AUGUCUUCAGACAAGAAGCGCAAGGCCAGCACGCAAGACGAUGACCAAGAUGCUUCGCGGAAGAAGUCCAAGGACAACUACCAGGCUGCCGAAAAGCCUGAAGCUGCGGAGGCUCUCCUCAUGUUGAGGAGCCAGGCCUCCACCAUUGCGACCAGGCCCCGUUGCAGCUACUUCCGGUGGAAUGACCUUCCUGGCGAGAUCAAGAACAGGAUCUACGCCUAUGCACUUGAGGACGUCGAUGAGCUGGUCAUCUACACUCCGCCGCAGCCCAUCUGGAUGCACUCCUACCACCUGAGGAUGUGGAACUGGCCGCACCGCUCACGCGAGGGAGCUCCGGGGCUACGCAGCCCGACUCCCCAGCUUCUUCGUGUGAGCAGGAAUGUCUACCGCGAGGCGAGGUUGUUCCUCUACCAGGGCAACACCAUUCGGUUCGGGACCGUCUACGACUUCCACGCCUGGAUGGUCAGCAGGACUCCUGUGUCAAUCUACAUCAAGAACACGCUGCUGUGGUUUGACUACCACGGCACGAGGGUCACCUACGAGAUCUUCAUCCACGAUGAUGACUCCGGCUUGCAGCUUUUGCCUAUCACCGAUGUGACCAAGGCUAGUAUUCUGGAGGCGACGCCAAACACCAUGGCCGAAGAUUUCAUAGACUCGAUCUGGAGGCGUUCCCCUCGUUUCCAGCUCAGCAUGACACGGCUUCUCGCGCACUCAUCGCUGUGGGCGACCACUGUCGGUGCUUGGCGAUACUUCCCGGCAUUUGCCCGCACGGUUCCGGCUGCUCAGGGGAAGACUAUUGAGAUCUCUGCCGACCUUGGUGGAUUUUGGCUCCAGUGGCCCGGUCAGCAGGGGGGUCCGGUCCGGGUUUCCUAA